CGAGAACUUUUUAAGAAAAGAAAAGAAAAAUCCACUUAAUUCUGUGCUGUGCUACCAACAUAAAGUGAUAACAAAAUGUCCAAUCAAAUGGAAUUCAUGAUGCAGCUUUAUAUGAUGAACUUGUUGCAACAACAACAACAGCAGCAGCAGCAGCAACAACAGCAACCGCAGCCACUGCAACAACAACUGUUGUCCAGCUUACUACACACACAGAAAGAGGAUAUCAGCAGCAGCACUUGCCUGCAACAACAGCAACAGCAAGAGCAACAGCAGCAACAGCAGUAUCAGCACAAGACAAGAACGCAAAAACGAACAAAUUCGCAAAACUCGAACUGUAGUAGUAGCCGUAGUUGUAGUCCCAAUAGUAAUUUGAAUGCUUUGUCACCACAACAAUAUGAUCAACAUGCUACAACACUAACAACUCCCUCAACACCUAACAACAAUACGAACACAAACCCAGGUUUGGCUUACCAGUUGCCGCAAAUGUUGCUGCAAACAUUACCUCUUUCUUUGCCUCCACUAACGCGUUUUAUGCUGCAACAACAACAACAGCAGCAGCAGCAGCAACAAUUGCUGACAACGGCGCCAACAACCCUGUUACUAACCCCCAACACGCCCAGCUCUCUGAAAAGUGAGCAGCUUACCAAUAACUUUUUGCAAUCCUCCACAGUGACAUCGACGCCAAAUGAUCAAGCAGCAGCAACAUUUGCAWCUGCAGCAGCAGCAGCUACUAAUGUCCUUUCGGCAGUCAACGUCAAGUCUGAGCAGGAUUUCGAAGAUGAGGAUGACAAACCACUGUCUGCCUUGAACAGUUGCCACUCCUCGGAGUUAAUCAGCACCAACGAUGCGAGCACCAGUGUCAGCACCGAGAAGCUGCUACAGAUAUCGGGCAUACAACCGCUGGAGAGUACGAGCGCCACUGACAGCAACGACUCACCCAGCAUGUACACACCCGUUAAGCAGCCAGCGGACUCAUCGUACAAUGUCGUCACCAACAUCGAAAAUGAGAGCACUUUGAGCACGCCUCAGGGACAGAACAAUUCGAUGCUGACGCCGCCGCCAUCGAGCGAUCAGGGCAGGGGCAUUGUCAGUCUGACCACAGCCAGCAGUCUGGAUGCGUUUCUGCAGAACGAGGAGAAUCUAAAGAAUCUCCGCAAGGUAUCCUCGUAUUUAGAAUGUGAGAAUACACUCUGUCGGCAGGAGGCGUUGCGUGACCAUUUCCACUGUUACGAUGAGCCCUGCCAGGGAAAAAUUCUCAGCAAGAAGGAUGACAUCAUACGACAUCUGAAGUGGCACAAGAAGCGCAAGGAGAGCCUCAAACUGGGGUUUGCCCGUUUCUCCUCCGCGGAUGAUUGUGCGCCCUCAUAUGGCGAUGGAUGCAUCUACAACUGGAAGCAGACGCACUAUCAUUGUGUCUAUGAGCACUGCCCCAAGGUUUAUGUGAGUACUAGCGAUGUGCAGAUGCAUGCCAACUUCCAUCGCAAGGACUCGGAGAUUGUGAACGAGGGCUUUCGACGCUUUCGUGCCCACGAAAAUUGUCGCAUCACGGAUUGCCCCUUCUAUGGCAAGAAGAUAUCACACUAUCACUGCUGUCGUGAGGGCUGCAACCACACUUUCAAGAAUAAGGCCGAUAUGGACAAGCACAAGACGUAUCAUUUGAAAGAUUACCAGCUGACGCAGGAUGGCUUCAAGAAGAUACUGAAAACAGAACAGUGUCCUUUCGAUUCCUGCAAGUUCUCCACGGUCUGCAAUCACAUUCAUUGCGUGCGUGAGAACUGCAACUAUAUCUUGCAUUCGAGCAGCCAAAUGAUUAGUCACAAGCGCAAGCAUGACCGCCAGGACGGCGAACAGGCGUAUCAGCACAUUAAGUCUAAACAGGACGACAAUGUGUCGGAGGACAGAACCUCGCAGGAAUCCACACCGGCUCCAUCCAGUAUGGCCGUUAGCCAGCCUGCCUAUGCGAACAGCAAUAGUUCAACCUCGACGCCACUCUCCUCCUUAUCUGCGGAGCACUUCCUGGCACGCAAACGUGGUCGGCCGCCCAAGAAAAUUCAACUGCCCGCAGAUGUUGAGCAGUCAGAGGCAAAGCGAGUCAAGCUGGAUGAUCCGGGCAACAAUCCGGCGCAGCCGGUUUCAACGGGUCCCUUGCAGACUUCAGUCAACAGCAAUAUGCUAAGCAGUGCGCUCUUCCCUAAUUUUAUGCCCAGCUUUACAGCAGGUGCCGCAGAUGCCACGGCGCCAAAUUUCCAGCUAACACAUUUAAUGGCUCUUUUCCAGCUACAGAAUCCGCUUUUCUAUCAGAAUCUGUACCCAGGUGCGGCGGCUGCCAAUAUGGGCGCCGUGCCACAAAAUCAGUCCAUAUUCAACAAUUUGGCAGCCUUCGGCGCCGCAGCUGCUGCAGCAGCAGCGAGCGUGCAUCAGCCGAAGAAUGAGUUUAGCAUUAAGCCAGAGUUCAAAGAGUAAUUGGCAAAGUCGUUAGCACUUAACAGAUUUCAGAAACAAUAAAAUUUCGGGAAUAUAUGUAUAUAUCUAGGUAGAAUUAGUUACAUAGGAGACUGAUUGAAUAGGAGAAUUUCGCGAUUAGACAGGCUUUAAGCAGGAAUUUUAGCCAAGGAGUUCCGAAUAACCUUUGACAUGGCCAGGACGUGGCGUUCCCAUCCCAUUUCCCCUACAAAAGCCAACUCAGCUACAUUUUAACUAGGGCAUAAGCCCAACAAAAUGUUGCUGAAUUCGCUUUUGUUAAUAUGUGUUCCCUUUUUAACAAGAUUUCUGCUUUUUACAGUUACUGAACAAAAUAAAUAAAAUUUGAAUUUAGUUUAAC